AUGUCUAAUCAAGUAGAUGAAUUAAGUUGGCUGGAUGGUACUAAUAUUGUUCCAUAUAUAAAAGAUUUAUUAGAUGAUAAAGAUCUAUCAGACUCUGUUCAAGAUUUCCAGUUUAGCAAUGCUGUGCUGAAAAAGGAUAGUAUGGAUCUAUCACCAAUGUUAAAGGACUACUCGGAUACAAAUAUCGAUAAUGAUUUCUUGGAUAGUUUUCAAAGUCCAAUUGUUUCAACAGAUUUCAUUAGUCCUGCACUAGACAAUCAAUUGACCAUUGCUGCUAUCUUAGCCAAUGAAGGAUUUAUAGGAGACGAAUUUGACGAAAUUCUAAUCGACAGUUCACCUGAAGACACAAUUGUACCAGAAGAUAACAAUCAACCGGAUAUAAGCGAAACUCAAGAAACGAUGAGUUUCGGGGAAAAUACAAAUCAAUUUGCUGAUAUUGUUGAUGCAAUGAUUGUUAAAGAACAACCAAAAGCUGAUCAACGUGCUCGUUAUGAAAGUGAUGGUCCACGAUUUUUACCUGAUUCAAAAAAACAUCCAAUGUCUAUUCAAUUGCCGAAUUUAUCAUCAGCAUCAUUGUCUGAAAAUGCAUCAUUUGGAAUUGUUGUAACCAUGGUAACAUCAACAAAAAAUCCAAAAAAUAAAACAUUUGUACAUGUCAAUGGUAUCAAAUAUCGUACUGAAGAUGCAAUUGAAAUAGAUUAUGGAAGUAUUUUUCUUCCAUUAACUAAAUCGGAUAUAAUAAAAUGCGAAAAAAAAUUUCCACGUUUAUCUAUAAUCUGUAAAAAAUUUGAAGAUUAUACAUUUGAUUUAACAUCAUUUGAUACAUCAACUGUAGAAAGAACAACAGAAAAAUAUACACUUGCAAACGAAGAUAGUAUUGGCAAAGUUGCAAAAGGAAAACAAUUUACUAUUGAUUAUGAUCUACUUUGCUAUAAAAUCAUCUUUCAAUUAGCAUUGAAGCAAGACAAUAUUUUUAUAAUUUCACAUAUUAAAUGUGAAACGGAUUUAAUUAAUGAGCAAAAAACAGCAACAAAAAGUGUUAAACGAAAAGCUUCAUCAAAUAAGAGAAUGCCCAAAAAAAGAAAGUGCAAUAAUUAUAUGUCGACAAUGAACUCAUCCAAGAAAUUCAAUUCAUCGGCAUCAAAAACCGCCAAACGCUCAUCGAUUCGAAAAUCUAAUUUAAAAAAAAAUCAAGCCAAAGGUCCAUAUGUGGAUAGCUCGUGA